CGAGAGAAAAACAAUGCAAGUAUUGGGUGAGAAGGAAUAUGACUGGUGUAAAGUUGAAGACUACUGUAGUGCUCCCAGUUCCAUUUGAAGGAAGCGUCUCCAACUACCUCCAAAGCGAUAAAGACAGGGAAAUAAACACCUUCAACAGAUUUCACCACAACCUCAUGUGUCACUGUGAGAAUUAUUAUAAUUUCACAAAAGUGAUUGGUGUACACAAGUCGUGGGGGUACUUGCAAAAAGAUGGAACAUUUGAUGGUCUAGUGGGGCAGCUACAAAGAAGGCAAAUAGACUAUGGCAGCUCACCGUUAUUUGUUAGAGUAGAUCGAGGCACAGUGAUUGAAUACGGUCGAAAGACAUGGUCUUUGAGAUCGGCAUUCAUUUUCCGUCGACCAAAGAUCAAAGGGUCAGCUGAUGUAUACCUCAAACCUCUGUCUACCUCAAUAUGGAUCUUGACCUUAGUUGUUGCAGCUCUGAUCGUUAUUUCUCUAAAACUGUCUACUACAGGCGAGAAAAGGAGUAGCUAUUUAGGGAAAGCUACAGAUAACUCAUUGGGAUUAUUUGUUAUCAACACUGUAGCAGCUUUUUGUCAGCAAGGACUCACAGCCGUACCCCACUUUCUAUCCGGAAGAAUAAUCAUAUUGAGCCUGUUUCUAUUUUCAUUAAUCAUAUACCAAUUUUACUCAGCGAGCCUUGUGUCACAUUUACUGAUACAACCUAAGUCCAACAUCAAAACUGUCAAAGACAUUUUGCACUCCAAUAUGAAAGUAGGCUGCGAAGAUAUUCUAUAUAACAAGGAUUACUUCAUUGCAAAUGUAUCAGAACCUUCUGAGGUCUCCUAA